CCCUCGUUCUGUUUCUUUUAUCCAUUCAUACUCUUCUCCUCUGUGCGCUUGGUGAGAACCGACGGCGCUUCUGCUGGAGCAGACCGCGCGUACCCGUCACCGGAACCCCGUUCCGCCGCGCGCGCGCGCCCGUGCCUCCACGACCACGGUGAUGAUGACGGAGAGAUGGAGAAACUGUCCGCGAGCAUCUCGGAGCUCUCGUGGAGCGCAGUGUCGCUGCCCCUGGAUGCCGUGGUGGGCAAAUUCCGCCUGCCUACACUGGUGAAACUCAGCGCCGGUGAAAAUGUGGAAGGGUUGUCCGAGGAGGACGUGGUCCUGUUACACUCAUGCCGCCAGUGGACCACAGUCACCGCGCACUCGCUCGAGGAAGGGCAUUACGUCAUCGGACCCAAGAUCGACAUCCCGCUGCAGUAUCAGGGGAAGUUUAAGUUGCUGGAUCAGGACCGGGAUGUCCGGGAACCAGUUCAGUACUUUGCGAGCGUGGAGGAAAUCGCCGGAACUUUCCCCGAUCGAGUGUUCGUCAUGGAGCCGAUCACGUUCAGCAUGAAGGUAUUGUCAGGUGAGUUCAGUGAGGAUAGCGAGGUGUAUAACUUUUCCCUGCAGGCGGGAGAUGAGCUGACUCCGAUGGGUCGGGCUGAGCUUCUCUGUGUCCAGUCUGCUCGUGAGAAGUCACGCCUGGCUGCAUUGUUGCGACGGCUGGGCAGAGUGGGCGGGGCUUCAGGACGUCCCGUCCGCACCAAGCUGCCCUGUCUGAUCUGCUUGAACCAGCGGACACGGGAGAGUGUGCGGCUCCCGCUGCAGUGUCGAGGCCGUUUCUGCACUCGAUCUCCACUGGAGCUGCGCAUGCAGGCAGGCGAGCACACGCUGCGCACCAUCAUCGAACGUGUGCGGCUGCCCGUCAAUGUGGCCGUACCGCCACAUCCACCACCUCCACCUCGCAGCCGCUAUGACCAGCACGCCAUCCGCCAGGGCCAACGCUACAAGCUGCUCGCCAUCGUCAGCCGGACCGUGGUGCUUUGCUGUGUCCUGCGCAAACAGGAAGUGACGCCUUCUCACUUCCUGUUGCUCAAUGACAUGCCACGCUUCACAAUACCUGAUGGCUUGUUGCGUGAUGACCCUGUCUACCAACGGGCAGUGCUGCUAAGCGCGCUCCGUAGCCAGGAGACCUUUGACCCGGACGAUUAUUCCCGAGCCGUGCGGGAAGUGAAGGUGGACCUGACUGAGGAGUGUGUGAGUCCGCGCAGGAUACGAGUGUAUCCCGUAUUCUCGCCACAGAGACUCUCACUGUGUGUGUACGGGGGCGGAACCAUCACACCGACGACCACAACAGGCUGCAGGGACUCGAUGGGAGAUAUGCAAACUCCCCCUGGAAUCGAGGGAGAGAGGGAAGGGGUGGGUGAAGGGGAAGAGCGAGAGUACGUCACCCCUGAUUGGCCCACAGAGACACAGGAAAUUCCUUACGAAGAGCUUUGGACCAAUCAGAGUGGAGGAAGCUAUGCAGAGGUUCCUGAAAGCACAGUAAAAGCUGAGCACAACCUUAUAUCCUUCCACUCCACUUCUUCAUUAGAUGGUACAACAGGCUCCACCCACGUUUCUAUGGUGCAGAUGGAAGCUGGACGAGUACCGACUCCACCCCCUGUUCCGCCCAAAUCAGAAGCUGUGAAGGAGGAGUGUCGGUUUCUGAACGCUCCUCCGGUUCCACCCCGCUGUGCUAAUCCUGGAGGCCCCACCCCCAGUCCACCCGUCCCACCUCGUUUCCCUAAAGUUCCAGCUACAAGCACACGCAGUCCAAAUGUGUCCUACUACUCCUCAGGCCUGCAGGAGAGCUCUGCUCCUCGUAGUGGAAGUAAUUCUCCCUCUCCAGACUCCUACUCUCUGUACUGUUACCCCUGCACAUGGGCUGACUGUGUAACCUCUGACCCCUCUGCAUCGCCUGACCCUAACCAGCCUGCACAGGCCUGCUGGUCACACCCCCGAAGUGGUGGAGUUUUUACUUCCAAUAUUCUAAAUACACCCCUCCUGAGCACAGACUCCGCCUACAAAAACUACUCCACCUGUCCCCGACCACGCCCAGCCGCACAGAACCGCUUUGCCCCAUUUGGCGCUCUGAACCCUUUUGCCAAUCCAGGACAUGCCUCCUCUGAUUGGAUUGCCACGGGCCGGAAAUCUCCCAAUCUGAUGUCUGACCUCACUAGCGCCACCCCUCAGGAGUCUCAAGCCAAUCCGGAAACAAGUCCGGUUCCUCCACCUAGACCGUUAAAAAGCUUAGAGGAGGAAACGACUGUGUCUUCCAUGGUGAGGGGUGCAGAAGGUGGAGCUGGGUUAUCAUGGCGACCCCCAGCAGACCUGUGCUGGCUCUCAGUGGAGGAGGUGUCAUCCUGCCUACGCUUCAUCGGGCUGGCGGAUGAUGUGAUCGGCCUGUUCAGCCGAGAGAGGAUUGAUGGGUCGAUAUUCACCCAGCUCACAGAAGAAAUUCUCUCUGAGGACUUCAGCCUUACCAAACUACAGGUCAAAAAGAUCAUGCAGUUUAUCAAGGGCUGGAGACCCAAGAUAUGAUCCUUUAUACACACACACACACACACACACACACACACACACACACACACACACACAGAUACUGUGAGCAGUAAUACCAUAUCCAUGAUGGCACAUAAGGGUCCGUUUCCAGAGAGGUUCCUUUAUCUUUUGAGGAGCUAAAAGAAACAAAACUGCAGUACAACAAACACUGGUGUGUAAAAAAGUGUGGAUCAGAAAUCGAAAAAAGUUUCCAAAAAAGUAUGGCCAGGUAACUAAGAUCGAAAAAUAAUAUAAUAAAACAAACUAAAGAUCGAGCGUUUCUGGAAAACGUUUUCCAGGACAAACAAAAAAGUUUGAGAACCGCCAAUGUAUAGUAUUUCUAAAAAAGGUACAACUAGAUGUUCCUGAACAAGUUUCUGGGUUUCCUAAAAGUUUCCUCUGGUGGAAACUAGGGAUGUACCGAUCCGAUAUUUUGGAUCGGUAUCGAUGCCGAUCCAAGCAUUUUGAGUGGAUCGGGUAUCGGUGGUGCGUGACCGAUCCUAACCCGAUACCCGUGGUCAUCGGUGUCGGAAACAUUACUGUAUAUGACCCACCCACUUUUUAUUCACUUCCGACGCCCGUGCCCUAGUGGUUGAUUAAUGAACAGCAAACAUCAUACACUAUUGCUGAAACUUAUAAGAAAAAUACACUUAUAUAUUAAAUGACAUUAAUGUAAAUACAUAUAAUAAAUUUUAUAGGUAAUAUGUCGCACAACCGCCUGUGACAGACAGGCAAGUUUAGCAGGCGUCCUUUCCGUUUACCUCAGCGCGUUAAACAUGUCGCUCGUUUGGGUGCGAGGUUUACUGUUUAAUACGUUUUACAUCGUGUUUCAACAGUUCUAAUUUAAUAUUCGCUUUAAAAUAUUGCCUUUUCUUCAGAAAAUAAUUUAAUUGCAGUACAUAUGGUUUAGAUUGUUAUACCACUAACUGUUAAAUGUUCUGUUUGUUACUGCAUUAAUACUUUAUUAAGGUUUCUUGUGUUUUUAUUUUCCAUCCAGUAAUAUGGGCAUUUUUGUAUUUCUUUUGCCAGAAACAAAUAAAUCUUAAUAACUAAGCGAGUUUUUUACAUUCUUUAGUUUUAAAGGUAGAAAAGGUUAGGGUUCGGGUUAGGGUUAGGGUUAGGAUCGGUAUCGGCUGAUACCGGCAAACGCCGGUAUCGGAAUCAGAUCGGAAGAGAAAACGUGGUAUCGGUACAUCCCUGUAGAGAAGAAACUAAAAGGUCCCAGGAACUAAAAUUGGCAGGUGGAAAUCAAACCUUCUGGGUUCCCGAUUAGGUUUUUUGCAGCUAAAACAUGCGUAAAGUUUUUUGAAGUCCUUAAAAGUUACUAAGAUUCCAGGGUUCCUGAACAGGUUCAUCUGGUGGAAACACACUUAACUUCAGACUAUAGUGGUCUGCAGUAGAGUACGUACUGUGGGAAAAGCAAGCUCCUGAGUUCCUGCAAAGGUCCCUCUGGUGGAAAGGUGCCUAAUUUCAGACACGGGAAGCAUGACUUAGUGUGUGUGUCGAAACGAAGACGUACGUGUCUUCAUGUCUCGCUCUGAUUUAUCUUGUGACGGUGGACCGCUCAAAGCUCGGCUGCUGAACAGCAUCGAACUACUGAACAGUAUCAGUGUGUGAGAGCCAAGUAUAUAUAAAUAAAGUGUGUGUGUGUGUGUGUGUGUGUGUGUGUGCGUGUGUGUGUGCGUGUGUGUGUGUGUGGGGGGUACAUGAGUGUUUUGCUUCAGAAGGAAAGAUUUUAUAUAUUUAAAUACCACUCUGUCAGUACUAUGCUCCUCUAGGGAUCGUCGCUAAACUCCAGUCCUGCACAGACCUUGUUUCUGGGUACCGUCUCAAACAAAACAAACAAACAAACAAAACAAACAAACGAACAAACGAUCCAAUAGGGACUAACGUCGAACACUACUUGUUAUGCCUGCUUUAUAAUCUGUUAGGGAUUUUUUUUCUUUACAUUGUCGGACACAGAGAUUAUAACAUCACGCUGCACAGACUAACGUGCCUUUAGAGCAGAAUUAUUAUUCUUUUUCUCCCCCACUUUUUAUUUGUAAUGACAUGUGACAACUCUGUAUGCCUUUCCACUGUCUUUGAUGCAUCUGUGUCUUGAUUCUGUUGCUCCUGUGUGUAGACUGUAGGUACGUCGGCGUAUGACGGCGGAACAGGAAGUGAGGCUCGGGCGCAGCCCUGAGUAGAGAGUUUACUAACACGCACAUUGCUGUUUUAGUGGCGUUUCUGCCGCAUCACAAACUGACCUCGAAUUCAACUGAUUAUUGAUUAUUGAUUAAAGUCACCCAAAUCGUA